AACUCCUCAUCAUCCCUGUGACCGAAAAAAACAGGCAGGGAGACGGUGGGGUGGAGUACAGGAAGCCGCUGUCUCCGAACAUCUGAACAUGGGCGAAAUCUAUUGACGCCUAAAUACACCGCUUCUUUUACCUUCUAUGUUCGGGAUCAGAGGCUGCGGAGAUUGGUGAUAUUUUUCUGGAUUUAAGUGGAGAUCUAAACGAACAGCGAGAAGAUGUCUCGGGGAGUGAUCCAGCCCAGCCAGCAGAAACUGGCAGAAAAACUCACCAUCCUCAACGACAGAGGCAUCGGGAUGUUGACCCGUGUUUACAAUAUCAAAAAGGCAUGUGGCGAUCCCAAGGCUAAGCCCUCCUAUCUGGUCGAUAAGAACUUGGAGUCAGCAGUUAAAUUUAUUGUCAGAAAGUUUCCGGCUGUGGAGACACGGAAUAACAAUCAACAGCUGGCUCAGCUGCAGAAAGAAAAGUCAGAAAUCCUGAAGAACCUGGCCCUGUACUACUUCACCUUUGUGGAUGUCAUGGAAUUCAAGGAUCAUGUGUGUGAACUGCUGAACACCAUUGACGCCUGCCAGGUCUUCUUUGACAUUACGGUGAACUUUGAUCUGACCAAGAACUACCUGGACCUGGUGGUGACUUACACUACUCUGAUGACGAUACUGUCUCGCAUAGAAGAGAGGAAGGCCAUCAUCGGACUGUACAACUAUGCCCACGAGAUGACACAUGGAGCCAGCGACCGGGAGUACCCCAGGCUGGGCCAGAUGAUCGUGGACUAUGAAAACCCACUAAAGAAGAUGAUGGAGGAGUUUGUUCCUCAUGGAAAGUCCCUGUCAGAUGCUUUGAUCAGCCUUCAGAUGGUUUAUCCCAGGAGGAAUCUGUCUGCUGACCAGUGGAGGAACGCCCAGCUGCUCUCUCUCAUCUCUGCUCCCUCCACCAUGCUCAACCCUGCCCAGUCAGACACUAUGCCAUGUGAAUACCUUUCACUGGACACAAUGGAGAAGUGGAUUGUUUUUGGUUUCAUCCUAUGUCACGCCGUGCUGAACAGCGAUGCAGCUGCGUUGUCUCUGUGGAAAUUGGCUCUGCAGAGCUCCACCUGCCUCUGCCUGUUCAGGGACGAAGUUUUUCACAUCCACAAGGCUGCAGAGGAUCUUUUUGUGAACAUCAGAGGGUACAACAAACGAGUCAAUGACAUCAGAGAGUGCAAAGAACAGGCCCUGUCUCAUGCAGGCUCCAUGCACAGAGAGAGACGCAAGUUUCUCAGAUCAGCUCUGAAGGAGUUGGCUACUGUUUUAGCUGAUCAGCCUGGACUACUGGGCCCUAAGGCAUUAUUUGUGUUCAUGGCAUUGUCCUUUGCCCGUGAUGAGAUCAUCUGGCUACUUCGACAUGCAGACAACAUCCAGAAGAAAAGCACAGACGACUUCAUAGACAAACACAUAGCAGAGUUGAUCUUCUACAUGGAAGAGCUCAGAGCUCAUGUCAGGAAGUACGGUCCUGUGAUGCAGAGAUACUAUGUCCAGUACCUGUCUGGGUUUGAUGCUGUGGUGCUGAAUGAGCUGGUGCAGAACCUGUCAGUGUGUCCAGAAGAUGAGUCAAUCAUCAUGUCUUCAUUCGUCAACACGAUGACCUCUCUCAGUGUCAAACAAGUGGAGGAUGGAGAGGUGUUUGACUUCAGAGGCAUGAGAUUGGACUGGUUCAGACUCCAGGCUUACACUAGUGUUUCCAAAGCCAGUCUUGGUAUAGCUGAUCAUAAGGAGCUUGGUAAAAUGAUGAACACCAUCAUCUUCCACACAAAGAUGGUAGACUCUCUGGUGGAGAUGUUAGUGGAGACAUCAGAUCUCUCCAUAUUCUGCUUCUACAGCCGUGCGUUUGAAAAAAUGUUCCAGCAGUGUUUGGAGCUCCCCUCUCAGAGCCGUCACUCCAUCUGUUUCCCUCUGCUCUGUACACACUUCAUGUCCUGCACACAUGAGCUCUGUCCUGAGGAGGUAAACACACACAUCUAUACAAAACGUCACCACAUAGGGGAUCGGAGCCUAUCUCUGUGUAACAUGUUUCUGGAUGAGAUGGCCAAACAGGCCAGAAAUCUGAUCACUGACAUCUGCACUGAACAAUGUACUCUCAGUGACCAGUUGCUUCCUAAGCACUGUGCGAAAACCAUUAGCCAGGCUGUGAAUAAGAAGAGCAAGAAGGCAACAGGAAAGAAGGGAGAGCCAGAGAGAGAGAAGCCUGGAGUGGAGAGUAUGAGGAAGAACCGACUAUUGGUCACCAAUCUGGAUAAACUCCACACAGCAUUAUCUGAACUCUGCUUCUCCAUCAACUAUGUUCCCAAUCUGGUUGUGUGGGAGCAUACAUUUACACCAAGAGAGUACCUCACCUCGCACCUGGAGAUUCGAUUCACCAAGUCUAUAGUGGGGAUGACCAUGUACAACCAGGCUACUCAGGAGAUAGCCAAGCCCAGCGAGCUGCUGACCAGCGUCCGGGCCUACAUGACGGUGCUUCAGUCUAUAGAGAACUACGUCACCAUUGACAUCACCCGUGUCUUUAACAACGUCCUCCUGCAGCAGACGCAGCACCUGGACAGCCAUGGAGAGCCCACCAUCACCAGCCUGUACACUAACUGGUACCUAGAAACACUGCUCCGUCAGGUCAGCAACGGACACAUUGCCUAUUUUCCUGCCAUGAAGGCCUUCGUCAACCUGCCAACAGAGAAUGAACUGACUUUUAACGCUGAAGAGUACUCUGACAUCUCUGAGAUGCGUUCACUGUCUGAGCUCUUGGGUCCAUACGGUAUGAAGUUCCUCAGCGAGAGUCUGAUGUGGCACAUUUCAUCGCAGGUCGCUGAGCUAAAGAAACUUGUGGUAGAAAACAUGGAGGUGCUGACCCAGAUGAGGACGAGCUUCGACAAACCAGACCACAUGGCCGCCCUCUUCAAGAAACUCACAUCUGUGGACAGUGUGUUGAAGAGAAUGACCAUCAUUGGAGUUAUCUUGUCCUUCCGCUCCCUGGCUCAGGAGGCUCUGAGAGAUGUGUUAUCCUGUCACAUUCCUUUCCUGGUCAGCUCAGUGGAGGACUUCAAAGACCACAUUCCCAGAGAGACAGACAUGAAGGUGGCCAUGAACGUCUACGAGCUGUCAUCAGCAGCAGGUUUACCCUGCGAGAUCGACCCGGCUCUGGUGGUGGCUCUGUCCUCUCAGAAAAGUGAGAACAUCAGCCCAGAGGAGGAGUAUAAGAUCGCCUGUCUGCUGAUGGUGUUUGUGGCCGUUUCCCUGCCAACACUAGCAAGCAAUGUGAUGUCACAGUACAGCCCGGCCAUCGAAGGCCACUGCAACAACAUCCACUGCCUGGCCAAAGCCAUCAACCAGAUCGCUGCUGCUCUCUUUACCAUCCACAAGGGGAGCAUAGAGGAUCGCCUCAAAGAGUUCCUGGCUCUUGCCUCAUCCAGCCUGCUGAAGAUCGGCCAGGAGACAGACAAGAUGACGACACGCAACAGAGAAUCUGUUUACCUGCUGCUGGACAUGAUUGUGCAGGAGUCUCCCUUCUUGACUAUGGAUCUGCUGGAGUCCUGUUUCCCCUACGUCCUGCUGCGAAACGCCUACCACGCCGUCUAUAAACAGAGCAUCAGUGCUAGUGCAUAGAUGCACACUACACUAAGCAAAGGUCCACUAUACUGUUCACCAUCAGAGCGCAAAGACGCAUACACUGCAACAAAAACACACUAGCAACAUGUACUGACUACAAACUUAACACACUAAUCUAUGCCUACAAUGCCUCAACGUACCAUUCUGACAAAAACAGUGUGCAACAUGCAUAAAAAUGUUAAGACACUAAAUUUCUGGUGUUAAAAUGAGUCUCCAACAAAUCCACUGAACGAGCAUACAGACGACACAAACACAAAAAAAAAACCAGCCGUAAACACUAGCUGGAUGAAGUUGGGGGAUCAGUGUCUUUAUUUUAAUCAUUGUAAUUUUUCAUGAUGUUGCAAGGGACCAUUACCAUAGCAACACAUAAUAAACCAUAUGUUUGGUUCGUAUUAAAGAACAAAAAUAUAAAUAUAUAGUAUAUAUAUAGUUGACACUAAAAUAUUUUCUUUUUUGUCCUUUUUUCUGAUAAAGAUUUGAGAUUUUUAGUGGCCAGCUGACUACUUUUAUGUGGUGAUGGAUUUGGAUGCUUACUUUGGGAAUGCAAAUGAUGUGACGUGGGUUUCUUUUCCUUUAAUCAAGGAGGGUGGGUGAGGAUUCCUGGUGUUGAUAAUGAAAGACAUGUUGCUUGUUAAUCUAAGUUUACACUUAAAACAAACACUGACAGACUUCCUGAGCAGAUAUAAAACGACAUUUACACACUAAUCUUUCAGGAUUUCAUCACAAACACAUGCAUUUGUAUAACAUGGUGAUAUUUUCUUUCUUUUUUCAAGCUAGUCGUAACAUGAGAUUUUUGUGGGUAAAGAUAUAAUAUCUGUAUUCUACUUUGAUGUGAAUUGAACUCGUCUGUUUUUAAUGUUUAUGUUUUGUUAUUUUUAUGAUGACAAUGAUGAUGACAAUUUGCCAAAUGUGUUGACACUAAAAAAAUGUGUAUCAGGGCUUGGAAGUGGUGGAGUGUUUGGGUAUUAAUGGGUGAAAUGCCAUUUUAAGUUGAGUUUUAACAAUGGACGUUCCAGAAACCAUCUGCCUGACUGUGCAGCAGCUUGGUUAAACACAAGGGGUCACACACAAACCUUUACAACAGGAACUAACUUUAAAAAUUCUCCCUGCGAGUAUUCCUCACAGCUUGUUUUAAUUUAACUCUUCCCUAAAUUUUAAGGUGCUGUAAGUGCUGUUUUUUCUUAAAUGAUUAAACAAAAUACAAAUAAACUAGCCUGUGCAAAGUAUAGCCUGCAAAAACUCAAAUCUCAUCAAGUGUAUUUGUCUAAUUCCUUGUUGAAAUUAUCUCAUUACACUGCAGAUAAGUCACGGUCCCCUGAGCUGUACAAAUAAACAUCUUAUUUCAAGAUAUUUCAAGCAAAAAAUUUAGAGGGCUGUCAGUGCAGCAAGCAAAACAAACAAAAUAACAGAAGGAUCUCAUUCAAAAGCAUGCAUAUAUCUUGCUUGUUACAUUAGCAACUACCUUUACGUAUUGCAAGCAAUUCAAGCCUUAAUUUUUGGUUGUUAUAUUUUGAAAUAAGAUUCUUACAAACUAGUCAGUAAAUGUGACUAAUAUGUAUGAAGAGUAGAGAUGGAUUGACUGUGAAAAUAUGGGCCAAAACCCAUAGAAAUGUUUUAAAUAAAUGAUUUGAUUCUGAUGUUAUUUCUAGGUAUGCACAAAUACACCAGAAUUAGCCAAUACUGGCUGUUUACAAACAUCGACCACUGGCCAAAUUAUGUGGCAUGAACAGAUAUCCGUUACCAGUGUUCAUCUGUUGUGUCCAGUCAAUUUUAUGCUGGCAUCUGGUAUACUUAGCUGCUGAAGCAGAUCAGGGAUUAUUUUACAGGAUUGAAAAGGUGAUCUGCUGACAAUUUCUGAAGUGAUUACAUGUUCAAAUGUGAGAGAAAAUGUUUGCAUACAAGAAGUGUUGAAUCAGAAGAAUUAAUCAGUACGUAGGUUUCCGCAUCGGCUAAAUUCUUGGUAUUAGCCCUAAUUUUCACAACCGGUCCAUCUCCAGUUUUUUCAUUGCAUCUUCCACAAUUCCAGCAUUUUCUCUCAUGUUUGACCAUGAAAAAGAUAAGUUUGUCCUUUAGCUCGAUGGUUUUCAGCCUGGGGUCAGAACCCCCUUGGGGGUAGCGAGACACUGAGAGGGUUGUCAAAUGCCUUCCUAAAAACAAAUAAUGUUUUUAAAUGAUUUCAAAUUGAUUAUUUUACUCGUUUAUAUAAGGAUCUAUGCAUAAAAUUAGUUAAAUGGUCAUCUGGUGUGAUUUAUGCAGAAUUAAAUGUAAUGUUUAAAAAAAUCCUUUAAAUGUCAGUCUGCAUCUGACUAUUCUUGAAUGUAUACAGCUGUAUUUGACUAUACUUCAACCACCUGGAGGUACUAUGGGGGCCCCUGGUCUCUGGCACCUUUUUCGUGGGGGGUUGUGGGCUAAAAAGUUUGAAAACCCCUGCUUUAGGUCAACUCCUCUGACCACACAGAACUUCUCAGAAUCAACUCUCAGAUAUACUGUAUGUCAGCAUUUAUUUAAUAUGAUAAAACAGAUAAACCUCUGCCACUGACAUCAGUUAAUGCCUCAUUUGCCAAUGGGUCAAUGUCUGCCAAGAGGCUGGAGUCUGCUGAUUCCCACAAUGCAUCGCUACAUCCUUAGUUCUGAGAUAUCUUGACUAGAAAUUACACGUAUACACCUGUCAAGUUUUGAAUCUUUGCAGCUUACUUGAUGUGAUCAUUUGCAAAUGAGCUUUUGCAGCUUCUUGAUUCUGAAAAGAGGAUGAGACUUUUCCUUUUCUGUGACUAACUUUACAGCUUUUUAGUUUUAAACUACCAGCAGGCCAUACUGAAGCAGCUGAGGGGAUAGCGCUUUCCUCAAAGGCACAUUUGAGUGCAGCCAUAAAGGCUCCAACAUCCACAUACUGUGGUUAGAUAAAAAACAAACACACUAAAUCUUCUACAGAGAAACUUUUGAAUCCUAAUUGAUUUCAGACCUAUGAACAAAAACAUGAAGCUGCAAUAAGACAAAAAUAAAUGUAUAUAUGCAUAAAGACUCUGGAUGAUGUUUUCACUACAGUUAAAAACUUUCAUCAACAAAAUAUUCUCCAGUGAUGUUUCAAGUAGAGAGGUUAUAAAAUUGUUUUUUAGACCACAUGGAUGAUAAAUGACUUUUCCAAAGUGCAGUUGGAUUUUUUUCGCUCUCUCUCUCGCUCUCUCUCUCUUCAUGACGGCAUGGCAAAGGGCUACAUACUGAGACACAAACCCUGCUCCCUUUAUGCCAGCCCUCUGCUGAUGUAUGACCAACACCAGGGAUCUGUCUAAAUGCUCAUAUUGCAUACGGUUGCCAUUUUUAACUCCAGAAAGAGAUGCUGCCAUUGCAAAGAGAAGUUAAUGAAGAGUAUGUAGCAGUAAAAGACUAAAUUUUAGACUUGUCUGCACCAUAUAGUAUAUGUUUACUAGUGUGCAUUAUGAUCUAGUAAGGACAGAUCCAUGGACUCAUUCUGCCAUUUGAUGUGGAAUGGUUGCUGUUUUCUUUCUAACUUUUUUUUGUCUCUGAUUCCACCGUGUAUCUUAAAUGACAUGAAUAAAAUAAACAUUAGGGCUGUGUCAGACGUGA